GUUCAUUUCUCGGUUUUCGAGAAACAGCUUGAAACGCUGCCGAAGCCUCGUCUGUGGUCAACCAGGGCAGUUGCCGUUUCUCUCCAAUUGUAGUUAUUCUAUUCCUUCUACUGAUAGGUAGGUUUGGGGUUACGGAGAAACUAAUCGUUUGGAUUCGCAUGCCAUCCAUGGCGUCGGGUAUCAAGUUCAUAAUGAGAGGAGCUCCAUUAUUGAGCCAUUGCAGGUCACUCUAUGUAGUGUAACAUGUGGCUGCUAUGUGGUGUGUUGGUAUUGUUGAUGCACUAUGCAAGUUACAAAGCACCCUUAACUGAACAUGUGUAAACACCACAUGAACAGGUGGAUCCAUUUUCCCUUGUUGCAGAAGAACUGUCGAUUCUUGCAAAUAGGUUGCGGGCGAUGGUCAUUGCAGAGACUUGAUUUCUUGCAGGUUCCUAAGCUUGCUUCGGCUACCGAGUACUUCUUUAAAAUGGGGGUGGAAGGAAAGAGAUUCCGUCCCACGGUUCUAUUAUUGAUGGCAACAGCAUUGAAUAUGCCCAUACCAAAACCAGCUUCAGAUGGUGUUAUUGACACAUUAUCAGAUGAGCUUCGUAAACGACAGCAGUGUAUUGCGGAGAUCACUGAGAUGAUACAUGCAGCUAGCCUUCUCCAUGAUGAUGUCUUGGAUGAUGCAGAGACAAGGCGUGGUAUUGGUUCAUUGAAUGUUGUGAUGGGAAAUAAGAUAGCAGUAUUAGCUGGUGAUUUCCUACUUUCCAGAGCUUGUGUUGCACUUGCUUCACUGAAAAACACUGAGGUAGUGUCAUUACUAGCAACAGUUGUUGAACAUCUUGUUACAGGGGAAACCAUGCAAAUGUCUACUACCCGUGAGCAACGUUGUAGCAUAGAAUAUUAUUUACAAAAGACAUACUACAAGACAGCAUCAUUGAUUUCGAACAGCUGCAAGGCGAUUGCUCUUCUUGCUGGGCAAACUGCGGAAGUCUCAUUGUUGGCUUACGACUAUGGCCGAAAUCUGGGAUUGGCAUAUCAAUUGGUGGACGAUGUUCUUGAUUUCACAGGCACAUCAGCUUCACUUGGAAAAGGUUCCCUAUCUGAUAUUCGCCAUGGAAUUGUAACUGCUCCAAUAUUAUUUGCGAUUGAAGAGUUCCCUCAAUUGCGGGUGGUCGUUGAUCGGGGUUUUGAAGACCCUGCAGAUGUUGACCUUGCACUUGACUACCUUGGGAAGAGUCAUGGAAUACAGAGAACGAGAGAACUAGCAAGUGAGCAUGCUAACCGUGCUGCGGCAGCCAUUGAUUCGCUUCCUGAGAGUGAUGAUGAGGAUGUAAAAAGAUCCAGGCAGGCGCUUGUUGAUCUGACACAAAUGGUCCUAACUAGAACAAAGUGAAGACACCAUUCUUCCUUGGCAACUUUAAGUAUAUAAGAAUCUCAAGUCAUUUUUUCGCCAUUAAUUUUGUGUGAGGGCCA